AUGCAGGAGAAGAUUGACCAAGAUCCCAAAUUCCAAGGCGAGCAUGUGGUGCUACCCAUCAUCAUAUACCUGGACAAAACUACCAUGGACGGCCUCCGCCGCGUGUCCGUGUUCCCUAUGUACGUGUCCCUUGCCAACUUCAGCUGGGGCUUCUACAACGAGAGAGGUGGUUUGGAGCUCGUCGCCUUGCUCCCACAGCCCAAGCCCGAUCCCGACUGGCCGCAGCCUGGCUACAAGCCCAAGUCGGACGCGCACCGCGACGUGAAGCACCACUUCAUCACCAGUUCGUUGCCGAUCAUCACGGCGAGCGCGCGGAAGGCGUCGUGGUCAGGGAUCGACUUCGUGGACCCGCAUGGCGUCCACCGGAAGGGCGUUCCGCAGCUGUUCUGCAUCAGCAAAGACCUCGGAGAGGCCUCCACCAUCUCAAACGUCAAAAGUAACCACUGCGACUCCUGCCUCGUCCCGCCAAAGGAGUUGAACCGACUCUACGAGGCCGUCGAUGGCGAUUACCCUCCGCGAGAGGAAAAGAAGAUGCGUGUGGCUGUUAACACCAUCCUCGACCUCAAAGAAGACCCACGGGUGCCCAUGGUCCGGGUUACGGAGGAGAUGAAGAAGCACGGGGUGCACCCCCAGAUGCCAUGGUUCUUCGGCUGGAAGUACGGCACCCGGCCCUGGAACGCCCCUUACCCCAAGAUGGUCCCCGACGAUCUGCACACAGUGUACGGCGGGGUGUUGGGGUCCCACUUCCUCAACAUUCUGGACGCGGUCGCCGAGAUUCACCCAGAUGGCAAGGCAACCUUCCUCUCACUAAUGAACAUACGCCUCCACCAAAUCUACCUCUACUACAACCCCGGUUUGCGGCUGCCAGCGAGCAAGGAGUUUUUCACAGAGCGCUACUCCGUGCCCAACUAUGAGUGGAAGGCCGUCAUGCAGACCUCCUCGUGGAAUGGGCGGUGGCUUUGGUGGACUGGGUUCAAGGCGACCUUUUGGCUCGAAAAGGGCAUCCACAACGAGGAUACCCUGAAGGAGUCCGAUCGUCUGCUCCGCCAUUUUGACGACAAGUGCACCGCGAUCGCCGGCCUGCAAAAUUCGGCGUGGAAUUUCCGCAAGUAUCACGACCUCUCCAAGUUCACUGCCACCGUUCGGCGCCUAGGGGCCACUCGCUGGACAUCCACGGAGAGGGGAGAGCACGAGCACCACUGGGUCAAGAUUUGGUGGUCUAGCAUGAACGGGAGGAAUGUGGACGAAGCGAUGUUCGAAGCGUGA